CACUUUAAAACAUUUGACAAAAUCCUCUCGGUUCAGACAUAAUUGAAUCUCUCUCUCUCUCUCUCUGCUUCUUCUUUUGCAUUUUAAUAUUUGAGCUGCGUCAUAUCUUUCUCUGUUCGCAGAAUCUGCUCCCUGAGCUUACAAGAAUGGAAUAGACCACCUAAACCUGCUAGCUUUCUUCUUUGUGGAAGUGGAAGUGGAAGUGGAACAAUAUUGUAGUGAUCAUGUAGGACACACAAGGGGCAGGAAGAUAUUUGCACCAGAAGGAACAAAAUGAGUGUUUCUUUGACUGUGAUGACCUUCAAUCUUCAUGAAGAUCAGACGGAAGAUAGUCCUUACUCAUGGGAAAAGAGAAGGGAUUUGUGUAUAAGCGUCAUUACUAGUUAUUCUCCAAUGAUUCUAUGUACCCAACAAGGAGUUAAAUCACAAUUGGAUUAUCUUCGCCAGUGUUUGCCAGGUUAUGAUCAAUUUGGAAUAUCAAGAAAAGGACCUCAAGACACUUCUGAUGAACAUUGCACCAUCUUCUAUGACAAGGAGAAGGUGGAGCUGCUUGAAGGUGGAACAUUUUGGUUGUCUGAGUCACCUUCUGUGCCUGGAAGCAUGUCAUGGGGCUCCGUAGUUCCAUGUAUUGCAACAUGGGUGACAUUUCAACUGAAAGGAGUUGAGCCACCUGGGUUUUCAUUCCAGAUAGUAAAUACAAACAUGGAUGAGUUCAGUCCUCGUGCCCGUAGGCGAAGUGCUUUGCUCACAUGGCAGCACAUCGCAUCCUUACCACCUAGCCUGCCAGUUGUAUAUUGUGGAGGAUUCAACACACAAAAGGAAUCAACAGCCGGGCGAUUUCUUUUGGGGAGAUCAAGAGAGCAUGGUGCAGUUGGGGAUAUGAGGGAUACAUGGCCUAAUGCCCGUGUGAGGAAAAAUGUCUCUCUUAUUCGCACUUUUCAUGGAUUUAAAGGUGACAAACAAGGAGCUCUUGAAUUCCUCAAGUUGAUUUUCAGAGCCCUCUGCCUUUGUUGGGAUCGCCAAACACAGGAUCUGCACAUAGAUUGGAUUCUUUUUAGAGGUAGAUCUCUUAUUCCUGUUCUGUGUGAAGUGGUGAAUGAUAACAUUGAUGGAUAUUAUCCAUCCUCCCACUAUCCCAUAUUUGCUGAGUUUCUGCUUCCUCGUACUGUGAGAGUGCUUGACCCACCUGCUCGUGAAGAAAUUUGAUAUGCAUCUGUUUUGAACCACCACCUCCCUAUUUUUCUGCUCUGAGCGUUGAAUAUCUUGUUCAUAAUUGAUGGGAUUUAAAUAGUGUUAUUCUAUGCACAAUUUUUUCAACUUUUAAUUGUUAUACAGAGAUCUUCAAUUUCCUCUAAGGUGCAUCAAAAGAGGUUGUGGAUGUAAUUCAUUUUCAAGUGUAUGACCUUACGUACUAUCGCUUUUACCCUCGAGUUUAAUAGAAUGGAAUUUGAUUUACUCC